CUGCUGCAAAGCUGUCCAAAAUUGCUUUAGCAGUUACACAUUAAAAAAAUGUUUAGCUAUCAAAAUAAACAAGUGACAACAAAAUUUCUAAGUACGCAUCUAGAGGCUCGCAGCCAGCCAAAUAAAUCCACGAAAAUGAAGCCAACAGCAAUAGCAACAAUAGCAAAAGUCGGCGAAGCAUCUAAGAAGCUGGCAACAGCAGCUGAUGCUGCGAGCAGCCUAUAUGAGUUAAAGACAAAGUCCGUAGAAGGUGAUUCGACGAAGCUGGCCAAACCACAACUGGAGACCCAGCCCAGAAAACUGGCCAGCAAAUCAGACAAGAGUAUAUCAAGCGCAGGCAGUCGCAAAAUUAAGAUCAACUAUCCAGACAACAUUUCAUCCAGAAUGCGCAUUGUGGCUGCUACAUUACCCCGAACCUCGACGCCGCUGGCCAAGCGCAUUUAUCGGCCGUCGCCAUCGAGAGUCUUCGACUAUGAUCUGUCCAAGGAGGAGGCGCAUUUCUUCGGCCAAUCCCGCAAAGCCAUGAAAUCUGUGCCGGCCGAUGAACUGCUGCUCCUAAAGACUGGAAGCCGCACGACUUAUUUGGAGACGCGCUACGCCCAUACGCCGGAUGCCAAAUACAACUAUCCGGAGGCAACCAGCUGGCGCUAUGGCUGGUUCCAUCGAUUCGAUGCAGCCAAAUAGAAUGCCCACACCUGAAGUAGAAUGACAGACGAUCCCACACUCAGCGAGCCUGCGCUUGUGUUCCAAUACGCAAACAAAGAAAUUACGCAUACAUCUGUUUAUAUUGUAAUUCUUUUUAUAUUCUUUAACUCUCUUUUCACUUUAACACCUAUCUAUUUUACACUAUCUUAACAAAAUUG